AUGAGAUCUCGAUUUCAUCUCAAGUUCCACGCCGACACCAGCGAGGCUCUGAUCCUUUUAACGAACAUUUCAAAACAUUUCAAAACGAUUAAUCCUUCUGCAAACACUCUCCACCGAAGAUCUUCUCAACAUAAGUGUAAUAAGUUGCAAAUCUGUGAUGUGGGCUUAUUGAUUUUGAGAAAAGCAGUCUCAUGGGAUCACCCUCGUACCCAAAAGUGGGCUGGACUCCAAUGA